AGUUUGUCCAGGUGUGCAGGGAGCCGCCCCGAUGGCCUCCGUGCUGUCCUAUGAAAGCCUGGUCCACGCCGUGGCGGGAGCUGUGGGAAGUGUGACAGCAAUGACAGUAUUUUUUCCCUUGGAUACAGCUAGACUUCGGCUUCAGGUCGAUGAGAAAAGAAAGUCCAAAACCACACACAUGAUGCUGCUGGAGAUCAUCAAAGAGGAAGGCCUCCUGGCGCCAUAUCGAGGGUUAUUUCCAGUUAUUUCCAGUCUCUGCUGCUCCAAUUUUGUCUAUUUCUACACUUUUAAUAGUCUCAAAGCUGUCUGGGUCAAAGGUCAACGUGCUACUACUGGAAAAGAUCUGGUAGUUGGAUUUGUUGCAGGAGUGGUGAAUGUAUUGCUAACAACUCCACUUUGAGUGGUAAACACCAGACUGAAGCUACAAGGGGCAAAAUUUAGGAAUGAAGACAUUGUACCAACCAACUACAAAGGCAUCGUUGAUGCUUUUCAUCAGAUCAUUCGAGAUGAAGGAAUCUUAGCUCUGUGGAACGGCACGUUUCCCUCCUUGCUGUUGGUCUUCAAUCCUGCCAUCCAGUUCAUGUUCUAUGAAGGUUUGAAACGGCAGCUUUUAAAGAAACGGAUGAAGCUUUCGUCUUUGGAUGUGUUCAUCAUCGGUGCAGUAGCCAAAGCGAUUGCGACCACAGUCACCUAUCCCUUGCAGACGAUACAGUCAAUUCUGAGGUUUGGACGUCACAGACUAAACCCAGAAAACAGAACACUGGGGAGUCUUCGGAAUGUGCUCUACCUUCUUCACCAGCGAGUGAGGCAUUUUGGGAUAAUGGGACUCUACAAAGGCCUUGAAGCCAAGCUGCUGCAGACGGUCCUCACGGCUGCCCUCAUGUUCCUCGUUUAUGAGAAACUGACAGCUGCCACCUUCACCGUCAUGGGACUGAAGAGCGCGCACAGGCCCUGAGAGGUCCCCAGGAAGGGCAGCCGAUGCCCCGGCAGGGGUUUCCUGAAGAGAAGAGAAGGGAUUCUCCUUCUGUUCCGGCUCUUCCACCACAAGUCCUACCCUCGCUGGCUCGAAAGGCAUCCAAGGGGAAACAGGGAGUCCAGCCAGCUGGACUUAUUGCCAACUCAGAAUAUUCGAUGUCUGGUUGGAUUUUGAGGUGGAGGGUAGACUAAUAUGGGAAGAAAACAUGAUUGAAAAUCUAAAAAUGAGUCUGUGGGGUUUUUAUUGGUUUUCUUAAGGGAGAUGGGCUCUGACUCUCGUGUGUGAUCUUUCCCAUCUGAAGUUAUUCU